AUGUCAUCGUCUUCCUCGUCCACUGUGCUAAUAGCAGGCUCUGCCUUGUUGAUGGCGGCGGCAGCGUUUUCGUUGAUUCCUGCGUCAUCCAGCAAAACGGGUGGCAUUGACGAGAUUGAUGAGGAUCCCGCAGAGGACUACAUCACAGAGCAAGAUGUGUGCAAGAUUUUCGAUCGUCUCUUUAUGGAAAUGCAGGCAGUGUUGGGACAGCUCGGGCAGCAAAUUCAGCAACUCCAAAUGGCCGGACAGCAAAUACCCGAAGCACAACUGCGACAGCUAUUGAGGGGAGAGUUUGAGCGCGCUCUCACCGCGAAGCAGACUGCUGUCUUUGAAGACAACGACGUCGAUGAGGAUUGUCUGGAAGAGGCCACCUGGGAAUUUUUGGAUCAACCAGAGAAAUACCCCGAGGCCAAGAAAUCAAUUGAACGGUUCCAGAAAUUGUGGGAGAAUGUCUCGGGUGAGUCUGUGAUUGGUAAAAGACCAGGAAAACCAGACGAGGUUUCCAAUGAGAGCUUCGAGAUCUUGCCACCGGAAAAGCUCAUUGAAAUUGCGGAAGUUUACUUUGGUGCCUUGAGCGAGGCAAUGCGAGGUUUGGUUAACAAAUACAAGGAAGAAGGCAAGGACUUGUCAUCCCCUGCGGUAGCACAGAGGUUGCAAAUGGAAUUUUCCGCCACGGCCAAUGAUUCCGGUGGAGAAGCUCUGAAUGGACUAGGAUGCUCCAUGCAGCAAUUUCAAAUGAGCAUUGAAGCUCACGCUGCCAAACCAGAAGUUGGAAGAGCCCUGGCUACUCUCCAAAUGAAACAGCAGCAAGAAUUGAUGUCCAUGGGCUUAGCAACCAUGUAG